CCCGCCCUCUCCGUCAGUCGAUCCGGCCCGCCUCCCUCCCUCCCUGCCUGCCUUCCUUCCUCGCCUCAGCUCAGCCGCCUUCGUGGGGACCAACUUUUGCCCGACGCGGCGGGAGCAGGAGAUCCGGGUUGCCUCCGGGCUUCUCUUCCUUCCUUCCUUCUUUCCUUCCUUCCUUCCUCCCUCUCCCCCGAUUCCCCACUUGCACAUCUCCUGAGCGCCCCUCUCCCGGCGAAAUACUCCCCACUCUCUCCCUCCCCUUUUCCCAGCUUCCUCUUGCUCCUCUUUUGGGGAGGGGACCCGCUUGGAAGCACAGGUGAGCGCUUGGGGCGACCCUUCCCGCUAUUUUUAACCCUUAGCCAGAGUUAAUCCCCCUUAAACUCACCCCCAAAUCUUCCCCUUUUCUUCAUUUGCUUACCCGCUUUUCUUUGGGUCCUUUUUUUGGAGCGGGGACUCACUUUUACGCACAGGCCAACACUGAAACUACACCUAUCUUUACUUAUCCCCCCCCCCCCUGUCCAAAAAUAAAUCUUCCCCUUUUCUUCCUUUCGGCUGUUGCAUCUUUUUGGUCCUUUUUUGGAGAGAGAAUCCACUUUUACGCACGAGAGGACAUUAUUUUACGCACAGGAGGACCUUGGAGAAAAGCCUCCCAUUAACUCGGGGACAGCCCUUCUUUACUUUUGGGGACAUCCUCCCCCCCCCCCCCAUUACCUUUAAUCAGCAAUACUUCGUCCUCAAACGUCCCCCACCCCAAUCUUUCCCCCUCCUUUCCUUUCCCCACCUCCUCCAACUUCUUCUUGGUCCUAUUUUUGGAGAGGAAGCCCACUUUUACGCACAGGAGGAACAUUAUUUUAUGCAUUAGGAAACACUGGAGAAAAAGCUCCCUUUAACUCGAGGAAAGUCCCCCUUUAUCUUUUGCGACCCCCCCCCCCCCUUUUAGCCAGCAAUACUUCCUCCUUAAACAUCCCCAACUCCAAUCUUUCCCUCUUCUUUCCUUUCCCCACUUCCUCCAACUACUUCUUGGUCCUAUUUUUGGAGAGGAAAAGAAACCCACUUUUACGCACAGCUGAGUUCUUGGUGAGAUAGACCCCUCCCACAGUCCCAGGGACCCCUUUCCCUUAGCCAUUGUGACAUCCCCUUAAAUUCUCCCCUAACCUUCCCCACUUCCUUCCUCCUCUCCCUCCCUUCCUCCACAUCUCCCACCUUUCUUUCCUUCCCCUGUUUCCUCUUGCUCUGUUUUUGGACACGGGACUCACUUUGACGCACCCGUUUUUUCCGCAUUUUUGGAGACCCCAUCUCCCUAUUACUCUCCGACCCUUUCCCCCGCAUCCCCCCUCCCCAAAUCCGGAGUAACUUCUGCCUUUCCCUCCCCUCCCAACGCCUCGCUCCAAACCUCUCUCUUUUUGGCGAGGUUCUCUCUCCAAAGUUUUUCCUUUGGGCUCCGGAGAAGGCGGGCCCCUUCCUUCCGGGCUUCCUUGGAGUCCCGAUGAAGAGCGGGGGCGGCGGGGGAGGAGCCGGGGCCGCCGCCGAGGGUCCCGAUGGCGAGGGGGCCGAGGGCGAGCGGGAGCCCCUGAACCCGGAGUCCACGGAGACGCUCGGCGUCUCGGCCACCUACCGGGAGUUCGUCCGGCGCAGCUACCUGGAGCUGAUGAGCGCCAACCAGCACUCCCUCCACGCCCUCAACUGGCGGCGCCUCUACCUCAGCCGCGCCAAGCUCAAGGCCUCCAGCCGCACCUCCGCCCUGCUCUCCGGCUUCGCCAUGGUGGCCAUGGUGGAGGUACAACUCGAGGACUACGACUAUCCCCGAGAGCUGCUGGUCGCCUUCAGUGCCUGCACCACGGUGCUGGUGGCCGUCCACCUCUUUGCCCUCAUGGUCAGCACCUGCAUCUUGCCCAACAUCGAGGCCGUCAGCAACAUCCACAACCUCAACUCGGUCAACGAGUCUCCGCACGAACGCAUGCACCACUAUAUUGAGCUGGCUUGGGGCUUCUCCACUGCUUUGGGAAUCUUUCUCUUCCUUGCCGAGGUGGUGCUGAUCUGCUGGGUCAAAUUUAUGCCCGUUGGACGUGCCAGUCCUAUUGGGCAGUGCUGUAAUCCUGCGCCGGUCCCUACCGGUAAUGACACGACUCCAACGGUGGCUCCUCAUAACAGUUCUGGGUGGAACGCUGCCAUGGCCUCCACCGUCAUCAUGGUUCCAGUUGGUGUGGUCUUCAUCAUAUUCGCCUUGCACUUCUACCGGUCCUUAGUUGGGCACAAGACAGACCGGCACCAACAAGAGCUGGAGGAACUCAACCAGAUCAAGUAUCAGUUGGACGGAGAAGCCACGGCAUUGCAAGUGGUGUGAAGGAUUGAGUGCCCUUUGCUUGAAGAACUUACAACUGAUGAAAGCCUUUGAAGAUGGUUAUUUUUCCAAAGAUGUUAGGACAUCUUAUUCAUCUUGCCUGAGUCGGAAGAGGCGACUGUCAUCGGUACAGCUGGAACUUAACCAAGAAGCUACGGUGACCUCUCUUUACAGGUUUUUCUUUUCUUGUCACUGUUUAACAAAAUUCACUCAUGUCCUCUCUGAAUGCCAAAAAAAAAAAAGUAAAAGGGUUUUGGAAGUGUGGAAUGAUUUGUUGCAAUGGAUUUUUCCUUCAGUUGUGGGAAUUCAAAUAUUCUGCCCACACUUCCACAGGCAAUGAAAUAUAGCUCUGAAGGAAAGAGAUGCCAUCUGUCCCCCUGCGAGGAAGCACAAAGAAUUUGAUUAUUUGGGUACAGUUUGUUUCCUCUUUGCAUAUCUCUCCAAUCCUUGAGUAUUUUAAUAUGCAAGUUGGGAAAAGUUGGGCCAGUAAAUCCCUUGUAUACUGUGCCUCCCACCCAGAGCCUGUAUGUUCCUUUUCUUGAAUACAUAUCCCAUAAUCUCUUCUAGGAGCUGUAAUCAAAAAUGUACUUUACCUUUCACAUAUUGCAUUGAACCAUGGCAGUUAAAGUGGUGUCAAACUGUAUUAAUUCUACAGUGUUGAUGCAUCCUAGGGCUUGGAAAAGUUGUAGACUGAAAGCCAUCUUAAAAAGCCGAAGUUGCUCAAACCCCAGUUUUUUCUCUUUCCUGCAAACCUCUAGCACCAUGGUGUUAGAAACUUAAAUAUAUUGCAAGGAAAAACUAUGAGAGAAUAAAAAGCGGUAUUUGCAUGUUUAAUGCUAGGGAAAGGGUUGGCCGUAGGCCAUGGAGAGAAAGUAGGUGAAUAGGUUAUCUCACUAUUGCUUGUUGACUCAUUGCCAGACACUCUUUGCUAGGCUGCCAGGACUAUUUUUCUCCUCCAGUUUUGUACCUGUGUUGCUGAACCAGCAGCCACUUGCUGACAUGACCAUCUCCAAAACAGAAGAGAAGAGCCCUUUGCCAUUGUCCACCAGUAUUCCUCCAUGAUCUCUUCCAAUUCCUCAAUGUGGUUGAUAAGCAAUAUCAAUGUUUUCUCCCACAAGAGCAAAGAAGUUAAUAGGAGAUGACAAAGUCCAGUAGCAGCAGUGGUGCACACCAGGUUUCUAGCCACUGAAAAUGGGUGUAUGCAUUGUUUUGUUUUUUGUGGGGAGUAGGCAAGCAGAAGGGAGAGGCAAACUCCUCGUUCCUGGUCCAGGGUAGCAGUUGCAUUCUUAGACCCAGCCUCAAACAAAAGAAUGCUUCCAACAUGACUCAUGCGCUUGGUGUUGGUGAAGACCAAUCCUUUUUCUCUAUAGAAGGACAGUUCAUCUUAGCAGCCAGGCUUGAGGGGAAGCAGUAUAUUUUUGUUGGCAGAGGAGGAAGAGCGGGAGGGCCAAUGAAGAUCUGAAGGUGAAUUGUGUGCAGCGGUUCCUGUAAUUGUUCUCUCCUACCAGUUUUGUAUUGUUCGCCAAGGACAAUCCCUUUGAAGCGGGAGAGGUGGGGUAGACAACUCACCCUACCAAGAAAGCCACAUCCCAAAUUCUUCAAAGGGGUAGGAAUUACAAAGGUAUAUAGGUUAACAUUAGGCCAUGGCUUUGUGUGAUAUCUUCUCCACCCCAUCACUAAUAUCCAAACCAGAAUGUAGUUUUUCGGGUCUUGUUGUUAUAAUUUGGGUCCCUAAAUAAAUUUGCUUCUCCAGACUGGAACCCCUUGGAUCCCCAAGUGGUAGGAAGACCUUGAGAGUAAAGCAUGGUUCAGAUAUGGAGAGAUGUGGGUUGGCUACGGAUUUGAAUACUGGUAUUUUAUUUUUGCAUUCUUCAACUUUGUUUUGCAUCAUUUGCCUGCAAAGUUAGCCAAACAGCUGCCCUGGAAAAUUUUAAUAAGCUUAAAAUAAGAAUGUAUGAAGAGCCAUGUGGGAUCUGAAACAAAGUUUAAUCUAGGGCAGUGGGUCUCAACCUGUGGUUCCCCAAAAAUCCCAGCCAGUUUACCAGCUUUUAGGAUUUCUGGGAGUUGAAGGUCAAAACAUCUAGGGACCCACAAGUUGAGAACCACUGAUCUACGUAGGAUGUAUCUACACUAUGGAAUUAAUGCAGUUUGACACCACUUUAACUUCAAUGAAGCUAAAGGGAUCUCCAGCAUUAUGAGAGAGAGAGAGGAUUUCUCUCUGUUUUCUUAAUACCACAAACAACAUUAUAAAUCUUAAUCGUGUGUCCCAUUGCUUGCUAUCCUCCCCGAAAGUUGCAUCUUGCCUUAUAGGGAAGAAAAGGCCGCUCUUUUGACAAGAAGAAUGUUUUGGAGAGUCAGGGCCACCCAAUGGAGCAGCCCUCCACCAAUCCGGCAAACGAAAACCCCAUAAAUCCUCAGUCAGCAAGGCCACAGUGUUGGUAGUAAGCAGCUUUGACCUGCAUUGCAAAUUAUUGCAUGUUCCUCAUUCCUCCAUUAUCUAGAAAUAUGGUUGAUGUGAGGUCACAUAACUUGUAUGGGGUUUUUUUUAUCACUUAAAACAGCUGAAAGUGGUUUCCUGUAUCAAACUGUAUAGUUUUUGUGUUGUCGAAGGCUUUCAUCUGUGGAAUGUCCAGGGUGGGAGAAAUAACUCUUAUCUGUUUGAGGCAAAUGUAAAUGUUGCAACUGGCCACCUUGAUUAGCAUUGAAUUGAGUUCUUUCUCUCACUCUGGACAUUAUUCCACAGAUAUAUAAACCCCACUUGCCUAGUUUCUAACAGACUUCACAACCUCUAAGGAUGCCCGCCACAGAUGUGGGCAAAACGUCAGGAGAGAGUGCUUCUGGAACAUAGCCAUACAGCUUGGAAAACUCACCGCAACCCAUAGCUGUUUUACUUUAUAAAAUGGUGCUGGGGUGCUUUGGUGGGGGAAAACUGUUAUUUACAUGCAAAGGAAGCUUGAUUCUUAUCCAUCAGGAACUGCUAAUCUCAUGUCAAGAAAUGAUGGUUUGCAGGCAGCCCAGAGGAAGAGAAAAAGAUGCAUAAAAGUGAUGCUUAUCAAGGACGUGCUGGAAAAAUUUUUGAACUCCGCAACUGACUGACACUCAACUCAGACAGCUCUCAAAUGCAGUCAUGAGAAUAAAAGCUAACUUAUUCUUCACAUCAUUUGUCAGCCUAAGGACAUGUACAGUUUUGGCUUUAAAAAAAUGUUUUCCAUUAUUGCAGAAGCUUGUUUUAGUUUAUGUGUCGAUCACGUUGGUUUAGGGGCAUUGCACGUGCGGACGGUACACACUUGUUUGGUACACACUUGACUUUUUUUAAAACUCUCAUCUGAUAAUGAAGAGCAAUAUGCACUUUUUAUUGUGUACGUUUUUCAAAUAAAUACGUUUUUAAAGAAAA